AGGCUGCUACUGCUAGCACCUGAAGAAAAACACAUAAACCCUAGCCCCCUUAAUCUUAAAAUAUAAAACUGAAGAUAACGCCACAUUCUACAUCCCAUUUUUUUUGUCGCUAACAAGCUUUAUUAUCCUGUUGAAAAGAAUAGAAAAAAACGAAGUGAAAAAUUUGAAUUGGGCAAAAAUGGAAGGUUCUGUGGAUGAAACAGCCAAAGCUGUUUCUAAUUUAGCAAUGGCGGAAGAUAACUCCCAAUCAACUGAAAUGAGCAAGAAUGCUAAGAAAAAGGAACUUAAAAUGAGACAAAAGGAGGAAGAGCGACGUCGCAAGGAAGCCGAGAAAGCAGAGAAGGCUAAGCUGACUGCAGGCGAUGCUCAAGGUCAGAAAUCUGCAGCAGUUGAUGAUGACAAUAUUGACCCAACACAAUUCUUUGAGAACCGGAUAGCUUACCUGGCUGCCCAGAAGGCUAAGGGAAGAAACCCUUAUCCUCAUAAAUUCUUUGCUACCUUGUCAAUUGGAGAAUACACAGAAAAGUAUGGAACUUUAAGCAAUGGAGAGCAUCUUGAGGAUGUCUCUGAGUCUUUGGCUGGACGGAUCAUGAAGAAAAGGUCUUCCUCUGCAAAGCUUUUCUUUUAUGAUUUGCAUGGCCGUGGUGGUAAGGUCCAAGUCAUGGCCGAUAUGAGCAAAUCAGGCAUGGACGACACUGAGUUUUUUAAGUACCAUUCAAAUGUGAAGCGUGGUGAUAUUGUUGGUGUCACUGGCUUUCCAGGAAAAACUAAAACAGGAGAGCUUACCAUCUUUCCAACAUCCUUUGUGCUUUUAUCUCAUUGUCUUUAUAUGAUGCCAAAUGAGAAGGCCAGUCCUAGUGGAGGCAAUGCCAAUACUUGGGUCGCAGGAUGUGCCAGGAAUCCUGAUGCAUAUGUUUUAAAAGAUCAGGAAACUCGUUAUCGUCAACGCUAUCUAGAUCUAAUGUUGAAUCAGGAGGUUCAACAGAUAUUCAAGACAAGAUUAAGGAUCAUUAAAUAUAUUAGAAGCUUUCUUGACGAUCUUGAUUUCUCAGAGGUUGAGACACCCAUGAUGAACAUGAUUGCUGGGGGAGCUGCUGCUCGCCCUUUUGUGACUCAUCACAAUGAUCUGAACAUGAGGCUCUUUAUGCGCAUUGCUCCUGAGCUUUACCUUAAACAGUUGGUUGUUGGUGGACUUGAACGUGUAUAUGAGAUCGGUAAACAAUUUAGGAAUGAGGGUAUUGAUUUGACUCACAAUCCUGAAUUUACAACCUGUGAGUUCUAUAUGGCGUACGCUGACUACUAUGACUUGAUGGAACUAACUGAGAAAUUAUUGAGUGGAAUGGUGCAGGAGCUUACGGGUGGUUACAAGAUUAAAUAUCACGCUAAUGGGCUUGAAGAUAAUCCAAUUGAGAUUGACUUUACACCACCUUUUAGACGAAUUGACAUGAUAGAGGAGUUGGAAAAGAUGGCUAAUCUAAACAUACCAAAGGACCUUGCCAGUGAUGAAACUAAUAAGUAUCUUGCCUCUGCAUGUCAGAAGUUUGAGGUCAAGUGUCCUCCUCCACAAACAACUACCCGCCUGUUGGAUAAACUGGUUGGGCACUUUCUAGAGGAAACCUGCGUUAAUCCCACUUUUAUCAUCAAUCAUCCCGAGGUCAUGAGUCCUUUGGCAAAAUGGCAUAGAUCAAGACCAGGCUUGACUGAACGUUUUGAAUUGUUUGUAAACAAGCAUGAGCUUUGCAAUGCAUACACGGAGUUGAACGACCCUGUUGUACAGCGUGAGCGAUUUGCUGAUCAACUCAAGGACCGGCAAUCAGGUGACGAUGAGGCUAUGGCUUUUGAUGAAGCAUUUUGCACUGCUCUUGAGUAUGGCUUACCUCCAACUGGUGGCUGGGGAUUGGGCAUUGAUAGACUAGCUAUGAUAUUAAGCGAUUCACAGAAUAUCAAGGAGGUUCUACUGUUCCCAGCUAUGAAGCCUCAAGAUGAACAUCCUACCAAAGCAACUUGAAGAGUUUUUAUACAUCUGGAGAUGAAUUUUUAAUUCGAGUACUUUUGGCCGGGAGGUGGACAUAUUUGUCAAACUGCUGAUAUUAUCCAAUUUUGAUUCGUAUUUUUUGGGUUGAUCAUUUGACCUCUUAGUGAAUUAUUUGAAAUGUUAUACGGUAGUCAAUUAAUAUACAACAGAAGCAUGUUUUACUUAGAUCUGUUUUAAGUUUUGUAAUGAGAAGAUGCAUCCGUGGUUGUGUUCUUCGAGGCAGAUUCAAAGCUGCAUACCGAGAUGUUAUGGUGCAACCAGUCUCUCCUCCACGGCCUUCGUCAAUGGAAGUAGAAUCUGCCUCUCAAAGAGAAGUCCUUUUGCAGCGACAGAAGCAAAGCCAGCAGCCGCAGAGACAGCAUAUGCUUCUGAAGAGAAGCCAAUGGCUAUAGAUACUGAAAUGGCUGGCUGAUUACCUAACCGUUGGUUCUCUAGAUAAUCAAGCAGCGUUCCGUUAUUGAUGUAACGCUUUCUUGGACACAUAUCUUUCGCAUUCGCCAAAGGUACCUAAAAGCUUGGAAGAAGGAACAUCUGUGUUAUGACACUUAAAGAAAAAAGAUUUAACCUAGUUAUUUUGUCUAUUCAUUUAGCUGUUGUAAACUUGUAAUGUCACCAGUCUUAAGCUAAUGAACUCAUCUUUAACUUGCAUAAA